AUGAUGAAGCUCUCGGUGUUGGCCUGUGCCGCCGCCGCCUACGCCGCCAACUCGUUGCUGGUGCUCCAAUUUGAGAACUUUGGUUUUGACGGUUCCUAUACCCCCGUGGCCGCUCUUAACAACCCCGAUCUGGACCAGUGUCUGUGUGAAGCAGGCAAACCGGUGACGUUUUCCGGUCCCCUGGCUCCCUUGAACGGAGAAGUCCUGGUGCAUUUCCGUGGUCCGUUGAUCUUACACAAUUUCGCCUUCUACACCUCCGACAACUUUGCCAAAGACGACUCGAGCCUGAGUGACUGGACCAAAGUGCUGAGCUAUGACGGCACCCUGGCUAAAAACGCUACUUUCUUGACUACCGCCGGUAAGGACUCCAAAUGUCUCGGUAAGGCGUUGACUUAUGCUGGUUCCGAUGGUAUUUCUAAAGCCGAUGAACCUACCGUGUUGGGCCAAAACACUUUGAUUAAACUGAACCAGGAAUACGUCAUCUUCUCGCUGACUAAGUGUGGUGACCUGGGGGUCGAUGGCGACUGUGGCGUCUACAGAAAGGGCAUCCCCGCCUACCACGGGUUUAGCAAUGCUAUCAAGAUGUUCUUGUUUGAAUUUGAAAUGCCCACUGACAACGACGGCAGCAGUGACUCCGUCCCCAAUUUCAACAUGCCUGCCAUCUGGUUGCUUAACGCUCAGAUUCCCAGAACCUCGCAAUACCAGACCAACGCCACCUACGUCAACUGCUCGUGCUGGAGACUGGGCUGCGGUGAGUUCGAUAUCUUCGAAGUGAUGAACUCCACCGACUCGGGUAAGUUGGUCUCCACCAUCCACGACUACCAGCAAACCGACGAUAUUGAAUCUGGCCGUGUCAUUGACGGCUACAUCGACCGGAAGACGUCGGGGAGAAUGCUUGGUGGUGUCUACUUCGACGAGAAGAGCAACGCCGUGGUUUUCAUGCACGACAAGAUCACCUUCAACGACACCAUUAAGGCCGCCGACGUCAACAAGUGGGUUAAGGACUCGGGUAAGGUUGCUACCAGCGACUUGAGCCAGGCCCCCGGCAAGGACCAGUCGACGAAGAAGGGCGCUGCCGCUUCGCUUGACGUGCUGGGCAGUAAGGUCGCCGCCGUCGUCGCCGCCAUGGUGGCGUGGUUCUUGUAA